GCUCUCGGCUCGUCCCGCGCAAAUAUCCGCUCCCAAAAGCCAUAUCCGAGGCUUUUCCGGUCAUGUGACGGAGGAUGAGCGUUUAGCCGCCCCGCGCUCACUUGCCGAAGCUCGAGAGCUCGAACAUCACCGCCAUGGCAUCCGGUCGCGGCGGUCUUCAAACUUUCUCUCCGCCCGCUGCUCUGAUCUUCUUCACUUUCUCUUCUGUACCACCAAAAGUGUCUUGAAUACCCAAUCUAAUUGUUAGCGUUUCCUUGCCUACACAAUGGCAUUCGUUCAGAAAGGUCUCAAGAACAUUCUCCAGAAGAACCCCAACGAUGUGGUCAUUCUCUCUGCACUGCGAACCCCGGUAACAAGGGCAAAGAAGGGAGGCCUGCGCGAUGCUUACGACCAUGAGCUGCUUGGUGCUGUCUUGAAAGCCACCAUCCAGAAGUUUCCCAACCUCGAUCCUGCAAAGAUAGAUGAUGUCUGUGUCGGCACAGUGCUGGCUGAGCUCGGUGGCUCCAAAGCCGGCCGCAUGGCCGCCAACCACGUCGGCAUUCCCACAACAACGUCAUUCAGCACUGUAAACCGUGCCUGCGCCUCUGGUCUCUCCGCUAUAACCUCGAUCGCACACUCAAUUGCCGUUGGACAAAUCGACGUCGGUAUCGCAGGUGGCAUGGAGAGCAUGACACGCAACUACGGCACACGCGCCAUCCCCGUCGAGCUCUGGCCCGAGAUGAAAGACAGCCCCGUCAAGGACGCCCGCGAGUGCAUCAUGAACAUGGGCCUCACCUCCGAGAACGUCGCCGCGCGCUACAACGUCUCGCGCGCCGACCAGGACGCCUUCGCCGCCGAGUCCCAGCACCGCGCCGCCAAAGCCCAGGCCGCGGGCAACUUCGACGCCGAAAUCGUCCCCGUCACAACCCGCUGGAUCGAGCCCGAGGCCCCCGACGCCGCCAAGCAGGUCACCGUCACCAAAGACGACGGCAUCCGCGCCACCACCACCGUCGAGAAGCUCGCCGCCAUGAAACCCGCGUUCAAGAGCGACGGCACCAGCACCGCCGGCAACUCCAGCCAGGUCUCCGACGGCGCCAGCGCAGCCCUCCUCAUGCGGCGCUCCGUCGCAGCCGAGCUCGGCCUCUCCUCCCACAUCAUCGGCAAAUGGGCCGGCACGCAGGUCGUCGGCUGCGCGCCCGACGAAAUGGGCGUCGGCCCCGCGCUCGCGAUCCCCAAGCUGCUGGACUACACGGGCGUCAGCACCGCCGAGGUCGACGUGUGGGAGAUCAACGAGGCGUUUGCGUCGCAGGCGCUGCACUGCAUUCGCGCGCUGGGGCUGGCGGACAGCAUGGACAAGAUCAAUCCGAACGGCGGUGCGAUUGCACUCGGGCACCCGCUGGGCGCGACGUCCGGGCGCAUGCUGGCGACGAUGCUGAGCGAGAUGGGGCGCGGGGGGCAGCAGGUGGGUGUCAUGAGCAAGUGUAUUGGGACGGGGAUGGGGAUGGCGAGUAUGUUUGUCCGGGAGUAGGGGUGUGGGGGACGAAAAGAAAAGUAAAAUAACCUGUGCAAUAUACCAAGUGUUCUAUUCAUGUCUGUCGUCGCUUUUGGGGGUAUCUCGUGCAUCCUGAACUCCGACCGUAUGCAAUGUGUCGCGUGAGGCUAGAUGUCCUCGCUCUUGCCUUUGCCCUUCUUCUUUUUGCUGCGCUCCGCAAGCAGCUCGUCGAGGUAGCUUGUUGGUUU